AUGAAACAACGCUUUAUCCGUCAGCUCAUAAGCAAAAUGUCUACCGGAAAACCGAAAAUUGUCGCUAACAAGUACUUCACUUCUAACACAGCUAAGGAUGUUUGGUCAUUGACCAAUGAAGCUGCUGCGCAGGCUGCCAAUAACUCCAACAACCAAGGUCGUGAACUGAUAAACCUGGGUCAAGGCUUUUUUUCGUAUUCCCCUCCUCAAUUCGCCAUCAAAGAAGCUCAGAAGGCCUUAGAGAUUCCAUUGGUUAACCAAUAUUCUCCAACUAGAGGUCGCCCGUCGUUAAUCAAUUCGUUAAUUGACAUGUAUACUCCCAUUUAUAAUACAGAAUUGAAAGCUGAGAACGUGGUCGUUACCACAGGCGCCAAUGAAGGUAUUCUUUCUUGCUUAAUGGGGCUAUUGAAUGCUGGUGAUGAAGUUAUUGUUUUUGAACCAUUUUUUGAUCAAUAUAUUCCAAAUAUCGAACUAUGUGGAGGUAAAGUAGUGUAUGUUCCUAUCAAUCCUCCAAAGGAGUUGGAUCGAAGAAAUACCAGAGGUGAAGAAUGGACCAUUGAUUUCGAACAAUUUGAAAAAGCCAUCACCUCCAAGACAAAAGCCAUCAUUAUCAAUACUCCUCACAACCCUAUCGGUAAAGUUUUUACUCACAGCGAACUAACUAAUUUAGGUAACAUAUGUGUCAAGCACAAUGUUGCUAUCAUUUCUGAUGAAGUUUAUGAACACCUUUAUUUCACAGAUUCAUUUACAAGAGUUGCCACACUUUCUCCGGAAAUCGGACAAUUGACUUUGACUGUUGGCUCUGCUGGUAAAUCAUUUGCUGCCACUGGUUGGAGAAUCGGCUGGGUCGUAUCCUUGAAUGCAGAAUUAUUAAGCUAUGCGGCAAAGGCGCACACAAGAAUCUGCUUUGCAUCCCCGUCACCAUUACAGGAAGCUUGUGCAAACUCUAUUAACGACGCAUUGAAAAUCGGUUAUUUCGAAAACAUGAGACAAGAAUACAUCACUAAAUUCAAGAUCUUCACAUCAGUGUUCGAUGAAUUGGGCUUGCCAUACACUGCACCUGAAGGCUCAUAUUUUGUCUUGGUUGAUUUCUCGAAGGUCAAAAUUCCAAAGGACUAUCCAUAUCCAGAGGAAAUCAUGGAUAAGGGUAAAGAUUUCCGUAUUUCUCAUUGGUUGAUUAAUGAGUUGGGUGUGGUUGCUAUUCCUCCCACCGAAUUUUACAUCAAAGAGCACGAAAAGGCUGCUGAGAACUUGCUAAGAUUCGCAGUUUGCAAAGAUGAUGCUUAUCUGAAAAAGGCCGUGGAAAGAUUGAGACUACUAAAAGACUACUUAUAA